UCGGUUCUCGAUGGGCUUUUCUCCCUCAGAUUCAACCGCCCAUUUGAGGCCAACUGCUCAAGCAUUCAGCUCAACUUCCGUAGUUUGGAUGGAGAGGCUGUACUGAGCAGCGGCAAGUGAAAAGAAUGGCGCAAUUCUGGAAACCGGGCGCCGAGAAGCCCCGUCUGCUCGACGACGGAGAGGGUGGCGUUCUGUUCUUUUCUUCUUCUUACUCUUCUUCAUCUGGAUUUGGGUUCUCGAGCAUUGAAAAGCAGCGGCAGAGACUUCCUGUUUAUAAAUAUCGCUCCGCCAUUCUGUAUUUAGUGGAAACUCAUGCCACUACUAUCAUUGUUGGCGAGACGGGUAGCGGAAAAACCACUCAAAUUCCUCAGUACCUCAAAGAAGCAGGUUGGGCUGAUGGUGGUCGAGUAAUUGCCUGCACCCAACCAAGACGACUGGCUGUUCAGGCAGUUGCUUCUAGGGUGGCUGAAGAGAUGGGUGUUAAGCUUGGUGCAGAAGUUGGUUAUACAAUUCGAUUUGAAGAUCUUACAAACCCAGAUGUGACGAGGGUGAAAUUUCUCACAGAUGGUGUGUUACUCAGAGAGAUGAUGGACGAUCCACUUUUGACUAAGUAUAGUGUAAUAAUGGUGGAUGAAGCACACGAAAGGUCUAUCUCGACUGACAUGUUACUUGGUCUCUUGAAAAAGAUCCAACGACGGCGACCAGAUCUACGAUUGAUUAUCUCUUCUGCUACAAUUGAGGCUAAAACGAUGUCAACUUUCUUCCAAACCAGCAAAAAACGUCGAGGACUUGAAGGUGAGGCGCUUGAACCAAAGGUGGAACCUGCUAUCCUAUCAGUUGAGGGAAGAGGGUUUAAUGUACAAAUCUUUUACCUUGAGGAGCCUGUUUCAAACUAUGUCCAGUCUGCCGUUUCAACUGUACUGUCAAUUCAUGAACAGGAACCUCCAGGUGAUAUACUUGUAUUUCUCACUGGCCAAGAUGAUAUUGAUACUGCUGUUCAAUUGCUUACAGAACAUGACCGAAAUGAUAGAAAAAAGUCAGAAUUGAUCGUCUUGCCUCUGUACUCUGGGCUUUCACGUGCAGAGCAGGAGCUUAUCUUCUCACCGACACCCAGGGGGAAGAGGAAAGUAGUGAUUUCAACAAAUAUAGCAGAGACAUCAUUAACUCUAGAGGGCAUUGUCUAUGUCGUUGACAGUGGGUUCUCCAAGCAGCGGUUCUACAAUCCAAUAUCAGAUAUUGAAAACCUUAUUAUUACACCGAUAUCUAAGGCCUCAGCUAGACAAAGGACUGGUCGGGCUGGAAGAAUUCGGCCUGGGAAGUGUUACAGACUGUAUACCGAAGAGUAUUUCAUCAAUGAAAUGCCUGCUGAGGGUAUUCCUGAAAUGCAAAGAUCAAAUCUUGUUACCUGUGUCAUUCAGUUGAAAGCCUUGGGAAUUGAUAAUAUACUAGGCUUUGAUUGGCCAUCACCUCCAUCUCCUGAAGUAAUGAUUCGGGCAUUAGAAGUUCUUUAUUCACUUGGAGUCUUGGAUGAUGAUGCAAAGCUUACUUCGCCAGUUGGGUUUCAAGUUGCUGAAAUUCCACUUGAGCCAAUGAUCUCAAAAAUGAUCUUAGCUUCUGGUGACCUUGGGUGCUCGGAGGAGAUCAUUACAAUUGCUGCUGUUCUGUCAAUACAGUCUAUUUGGACUUCUAGUAGGGGAGCGCAGAAGGAACUUGAUGAAGCAAGGUUGCAAUUUGCUGCAGCUGAGGGCGAUCAUGUGACCUUUCUUAAUGUGUACAAAGGAUUUCUUCAGUCUAAUAAAUCUUCACAGUGGUGUCACAAGAAUUUUAUCAAUUACCAAGCUAUGAAAAAAGUAAUGGAAGUUAGAGAACAACUGAGAAGAAUAGCACAGAGAUUAGGCAUCGUCUUGAAAUCAUGUGAAAGAGAUACUACGGUUAUACGCAAGGCAGUUACUGCUGGAUUUUUCGCCAAUGCGUGUCAAUUAGAGGCAUACAGUCACAAUGGGAUGUACAAGAGUAUCAGAGGUUCUCAAGAAGUUUAUAUUCAUCCCUCUUCAGUGUUAUUCAGAGUUAAUCCAAAGUGGGUGAUAUAUCAUUCGCUUGUGUCGACUGACCGACAAUAUAUGCGUAAUAUCAUCACCAUUGAUCCGGGAUGGUUAACCGAGGCUGCUCCCCAUUUUUACCAGUACAGGCAGCUCACUCAUAUGCCUCACUGAUCCUUUCUUUAUCUUGGUGAUAUCCAAAAUUUUGAUUAAAUUGCAAAUGGGUCCC